AGAAGUGCCAUUCCCACUCCCCAGAGCUCUCAAGUCAAAAGUCGGCGCCACGCCAUCACUCUUUUUUUCCUUUUUUAUUUCUAUGACCGAAACCAGUGUUCCAAAACCCUAAUCUUUGUGCGUUUCUCAAUCCUUCGGGGUUGUUGUUCGGAACCGAUUUCCUGCAUUUUCAACCUCUCAACAACAACCUCUUUCUUACGAGCAUGGCCAACACGACGCAGCUUAGUUGGGUUAAGAGCACAUUCCCUGUGGCUUUAAGGAGAACCUUGCAUUGCCAACCUGUGUUGUUGCCACGGCGAAUUGGGUUUGCAGCAUCUGUUGCUCCUGUUCCCCUUGUGAGUUGUGAGAGGAAAGUUUCAAGUGGGAAUGUGGCAUUCAGUGUCUGUUGCAGCAAGGGAUCACAAAGUGAUGUACCCCAAAAGAAUGAGACUGUAAGUGGAAGCUUUGCUGAAAUUGAAAAGAGUUUCACGUGUGUCAUGAAGUUUGGUGGUUCCUCUGUGGCCAAUGCAGAGAGGAUGAGAGAGGUGGCCAUCCUUAUUCUAAGUUUUCCGGAAGAGAGGCCUAUUAUUGUUCUUUCUGCCAUGGGAAAGACAACUAACUUGCUUUUACUGGCUGGAGAAAAAGCUGUAAGUUGUGGAGUUACUAAUGCCGAUAGUAUUGAUGAGCUCAGCAUUAUCGAAGACCUACAUCUCAGGACCAUGGAGGAGCUUGGAGUGGACAGAACUGUUACUGCAAAGCAUCUAGAAGAAUUGGAGCAACUUCUGAAGGGCAUAGCUAUGAUGAAAGAGUUGACCCCUCGGACACAAGACUAUUUGGUUUCUUUUGGAGAGUGCAUGUCCACUAGGAUAUUUGCUGCAUAUCUUAACAAAAUAGGUGUUAAGGCCCGACAAUAUGAUGCAUUUGAGAUUGGUUUUAUAACAACUGAUGACUUCACAAAUGCGGACAUUUUGGAAGCAACUUAUCCUGCUGUUGCAAAGAGGUUACAUGGUGAUUGGGUCUCUGAUCCUGCAAUUCCAAUUGUUACAGGCUUCCUUGGAAAGGCCUGGAAAUCAGGUGCAGUGACAACAUUGGGUAGAGGGGGCAGUGAUUUGACAGCUACAACAAUUGGGAAAGCACUAGGGUUGCCAGAGAUCCAGGUGUGGAAAGAUGUUGAUGGUGUUCUAACCUCUGAUCCAAAUUUAUGCCCACAAGCAGAACCUGUUCCAUAUUUGACAUUUGAUGAGGCUGCUGAACUGGCAUACUUUGGUGCUCAGGUCCUGCAUCCACAGUCUAUGAGACCUGCUAGAGAAGGUGAUAUUCCUGUUAGGGUUAAAAAUUCUUACAACCCUAAAGCUCCAGGUACUCUCAUCACCAAGGGAAGAGAUAUGAGCAAGGCAUUAUUAACUAGCAUUGUUUUGAAACGUAAUGUGACCAUGUUGGAUAUUGUAAGCACACGCAUGCUUGGUCAGUAUGGGUUCCUUGCUAAGGUUUUUUCCAUCUUCGAAGAUUUAGGCAUAUCAGUUGAUGUUGUAGCUACAAGUGAAGUCAGUAUUUCCUUGACAUUGGAUCCAUCAAAGCUGUGGAGCAGAGAGCUAAUUCAACAGGAACUUGACUAUGUUGUUGAAGAACUGGAGAAAAUUGCUGUUGUAAAUCUCCUAAAGAACAGAUCAAUAAUAUCUCUCAUUGGAAAUGUUCAGAGGUCGUCGCUAAUUCUGGAGAAGGCCUUUCAUGUUCUUCGAACUCUUGGGGUCACUGUUCAAAUGAUCUCUCAGGGUGCAUCUAAGGUGAAUAUCUCGUUAGUUGUAAAUGACAGUGAAGCAGAACAGUGUGUCAGGACACUCCACAAAGCCUUCUUUGAGAGUGAGCUCUCAGAAUUGGAGAAUGAGUGCAUAUCAGGAAAUGGUUCUGUUCCUGCAUUAUCUUAGGGAGAUACUUGCAAGAUCAACAUGUUCUGCGUUGAGAAAAGUUUUGGUUGGAGGAAUGACGAUGCAUCAGAAUGUACUAGUCCUGUUAUUGCUAGAGUAGACCUUUGUAUUCUUUGGUAGUGUCCUCAAAGAGGGUAGGCCAGGUGCAAGCAAUUAUUCAUCAUAUUGUUGGAUACCACGUCAUGCAGGAAACUAGUAGUCCAUUUAUCUCAGAUGGAUCUGAACUAGUUGAAAAUGUAUAGAGUUGUAUUUGGAGUUGUUAAAAGGCAUAAGUAGUAUUCUCAAUUUACAAAUAUUAUAUUUACAAAUUUUUUCUUUAUAAAUUCUUAUAAA